AUCAGGAGAAUUGAUUAUAUUUUCAUGACUGGACUCCAGCUUUCCUCUAACACAGGGCCACUGGCAUGAGUAAGCAUCCUUGGGGAUGUACUGUCUUCUCCAGGACCCGUGAGUGCCCCCUUAUGGCCAAAGAAGGUAGUACAGAGGUGAAGCAAAGAGCUUCACGUUCUCUGGGGAAGAGACCUAAAUUCAUGCUUGACUCUGCCACAAUUUGCUGUGUGACUUUGGGCAAAUUGUUCACCAUCUCUGGGUCUUGAAAAAGGGGAAGUUUGGUCUAGAUAAGCUAAAGUCUCUUCCAGUUUGAACAGUCUGAAUCUGAAGACCCCUGCUGCCUCACUGCUCCCAGCCCUGUCAUGUGUUUGGUCACCAUCUAUAUAGCUUGUGUACCUAAGGGGGAAUUCUUGAACCCAUUUUACCAGGUCUUGUCUCCCUCUCCAUCUUAAUUGAGUGAAAAAGGAGAGAGUUCGGGCUAGUGGAUAGAUGAAUGCUUUUGUUGCUAGUAGCCACAAGGGUUUCCACUGUGCAUCCUGUUUUAGGCCCACUUGCCCAAAACUGGUUUCUUUCAAGGAAAAAAGAUUUCAGUAAACAUUCAGCAUAGGGGACUUUGACCUUCUCUGCCCUCCAGGCAAGAGUGGCAAUAAUCCUUGGGCAGAAUUCAUUCAACAAAUACUGAGCAUCUACUGUGUGCCAGGGACGAAUCGGAGGAAUAAGACCUGGUCACUGCCCUCAGCACAAAACCAGGUUCUAGGAAUUCCUCCUCAAGAAUGAGGGUCCCUGAAGCCUUAGGAGGGGACAAAUGAGGAAGGAUGGGGUGUUCUGAUGCCAGCACCCACACUUAGCUGAUCCUGAGAUUCCUCUAGAGAGAGUAUAGAGCAGAUCCUGACCAGCAUAGGGUGGAGCUCCACAACCCAGAAAGCCGCCAAAGCGGUACACCUGGGCUCCUUCUAGGACCCGACAGUGCUGCCCUUUGUGCUCCUUGUCCACCUGGCUGACAAAACACCUUAGGACAUUACCCAGUUCCCGAGAUUUCUGGCCAGAGGUGGCAGACUGCUCGGGGUAGCGGAGCAGAGGGUACCAGAUUCGUCCGGCUUUUGGGAAAAGUCGACGAGAAGGUAGCGUCAAAGGAUCCACAUGCGGAAUAGAGGGAGCCGACACACGCGUUCCAGGGAGCGUCCCUCGGUCGAGGAGCCUGGGUUGCGCCCCUUCAAUGCAGGGGUGUCUGGAGGUGCUUUAGUCUCUACAGUCCCCUACAUGGGCGUCCCCCGUCAGUUUUGAGCUUCUAAGGGCCCUAGAAGCGCUCUUCGACGCACCCGCAGCAAUCCAUCACCACGUCCAGGUGCAGACGAUCGCCAGCCUGAGCCAAGAGCCUAAAAGCGCGCAGCGCGUGCACGCAGAGCUCAACGACGGCCCCGCCCCUUCCGCCCUCCGGGGCGGGGCUAAGCGCGGCUUCCCCCGGAAGUCCGGACCCAGGCGAAACUCAAACCAGGCUGGUGCCGCUCCUUCCCGUUACAGCACGUAGCAGCAGCGUCCUGGUCUCCCGCUCCCCAGUUUGGGUUUUUCACCCCUACUCUUACGAGGUCCUGAGUCCCCACCCCAUUUCCCACAUCCCAGUUUCAGCUGCAGUUUACUGCAGAACCUGAAGCCCGGAAAGGAACUUGUUUACCGCUCCUGUUCGCCCCUCCCUGGACCUGCGGAGGGCUAGGUGAGGUUCGCGCCCGGCUUUCCAGCCUCGCCUCCCACACUCUCCUGCCCGCCCCCCCGGGGCCCUCCGCUGCCCAACCAUGGCCCAGAAGCCGAAGGUAGACCCGCACGUCGGCCGGCUGGGAUAUCUGCAGGCGCUGGUCACGGAAUUCCAGGAGACGGAGAGCCAAGACGCCAAGGAGCAAGUACUGGCCAACCUCGCCAACUUUGCCUAUGACCCCAGUAACUACCAGUAUCUGCGGCAGCUGCAGGUCCUGGAUUUAUUCCUCGAUUCCCUGUCGGAGGAGAAUGAAACCCUGGUGGAGUUUGCUAUUGGAGGCCUCUGCAACCUGUGCUCAGACAGGGCCAACAAGGAGCACAUCCUGCAGACAGGGGGCAUCCCCCUCAUCAUCAACUGCCUGUCCAGCCCCAAUGAGGAGACUGUGCUGUCCGCUGUCACUACGAUCAUGUACCUGAGCUCACCAGGCUCCGGCUCCCACCCCGAGCUGACGGCCGUGCCCGUGGUCCAGUGCAUGCUGCGCUUCUCCCUCUCAGCCAACGCAAGGCUCCGAAACCUGGCCCAGAUCUUCCUGGAAGACUUCUGUUCCCCAAGCCAGGUGGCUGAAGCCCGCAGCUGGGGGGCUCACUCUGCUCUGGGUAUCCCACUGCCAAGGACCGAGGCCCCACAGGAGCCCUGACCCAGGGAGAGCCCAGGCCACGGCACCCUCCCUGCUGGAGACCAGACUGAAAUCCUGGUAGGGGCGAAGGAGGCAGGAACAGUUCUCACUGAGCACCUUCUCCCCAGAUGGUGCUUUUUUAGCCAUUUUAAAGGUGAGUUUUCUCAGCAUGACAGAUAUUUACACUAUGAUGAAAGGCAUCAGAAGUUGAGUGGGCAACACGUGGAGAAGGAAAUUGAAGGUGGUGCCAUUUUCACAGGUGGCCACUCUCCACCAGCUGGAGGUGCAGGUCCUGCUUCCCGGGCCACCCUGCCACCAGGCUUUCAACCUUGUGUGAGAAGCAACCGGGUCCCUAAAACCAAAGGCUUUGUAAAAACUGUUUCUCCUAAGGAACAGCUGGGCCUGGGGCUUAGGAGAACUGCCUGAGCUUGAGGACAUAGACAUUAACCACACCCUUAACUGAAGUGUGUGGAGCAAUUUUAAGAACUAGAAAUGAAAAACUUCGUGGUUAAAAGUAUUUUGGGGCUUGCGGAAUGUGUGCCUACUCCAGGGCUGUGGAGGCUGGGCUUUGGGCAUGGUGAAUGCUGGCCUGGAGAACUCUGUGGCCCAGGAGUCCUAACUGUUUAUCCACACUGGCCUCUCAUCUAGACACCAUGUUAGGACUUCAAAGAGGAAGAUGUGGUCUCUGCUCUUGAAUGUUGUAGCUCAGUGACUUAACAUGGCCAUCAGGCCUUAAGACUGAGGCCAUGAGAGUGACGACACAUCAGAACACAGGCCCAAACCCUUGGAGCUGUGUCUUCCUUCACCACCCCGUGGCCCCUGCCUGGAAGCCCUGGCACGUCUUCUCUGCCAUCAGGAUUAGUGAAGGGAAUCCCUGUCCCUGGAAGUGCGCUCAGGCUCAGAGGAGCUUCAGGAAGCAAGUAAGGGAUGUUCAAGGCAGUCAGAGGACCAGAUACUGACAUGAAGCCUAUGGCUCAGAGUCCAGGGCAUGCUGGUCAGCACAGGGGAAGGGGUGUGGGCCCCCGUGGAAAGUUGGGAUUCAGAAGCAGUGAAAGGUCCUGGCCUCCCUUUGGCAUUCCCUUAAAGUUGACCUUUUACGUGGCCAAGGAAAGGCAUAUUCGAGAGGAAUGGUAUCCAGGUGGACAUGGAGGUGUGCAGAUUAUGGGACUAAUAAGACUAAGGAGAUGUGAAAGGAAGAGGGAAAGGCCUCCUCAUCAGCCUGUAUUCCAGUUGUCCCCAUGGGGCUCCUAUCCCUUUACUUUCCCAAAUAAACAGCCUGAAGAGAGCAGUGAGCCAAAGCAUUUUAUUAAAAAGGUUCCUAAUUUCCCCACCAUGCUUCCAUGCCAGCUCCCUUGGGAGGUUCCAGGUGGCUGGCACGGUGCUGGCAGGGGUCACUGCCACGAUGCUGCCUGUCACUCAGUUCUGCCACAGUUCCUGCUGGCCUGCCUUCCCUUCCUUAAGCUACUGUCUGCUGCCAGGGUCCUCAGCUUACUCCUGUGGCAGCCUCAGGCCGGUUCAGUCGCACUGCAUGGCUCCCCUCUUGCUGUCUAUAAUCUCCUUCCAGUUGUCACUCCAGGAGAACAGCCGUCUCCUUGUUGGGGGCAAGACCAGGUGCUGGUUGUGGCAGCAGGUGAACAAGAUGUGCUCCCAGCGUGGGGUCUCCUCUUGGCCUGGGACAGGACAUGGGAGGAAGGCAGGAAACAUACAGUCUGUGAUCGGUUAUUUGUGCUCCCUCUCCCUAAUCCCAGCCAGCCAGAUGCCUGGAGGUUGCUAAGGAAGAUGGCUCCCACCUUGAA